CCGGAGCCGGAAAGGUGCUUCUUAUUAACGGUAUUUGGGGGCAACCCGCAGCUCAGCUGGAACGGAUCCGGCUGGCCAGGGAGACCCGCUCCGAACUGCGGCCGGGGCGGCGGGCCAGCAUGGACUCGGACGCCAGCCUGGUGUCGAGCCGCCCUUCGUCUCCGGAGCCCGAUGAGCUCUUCGUGUCGGCCAGGAGCAAGAGCGGCGGGGGCUUCUCGGCGGGCGGCGCCGUAUCCAGUUCGACGCCCAGCGAUUCCCCCGCGGAGCUCAGCGCGGAGCUGCGCAGCGCCAUGAGCGCCGCCGGGGUGGUGGUGGUGGACAAGCUGGCCUUCAAGUCGCCCUCGUCGUCCUCGUCCUCCUCCUCCUCGUCGUCCUCUUCCUCGGCCUCCAAGAAGGACAAGAAGCAAAUGACGGAGCCGGAGCUGCAGCAGCUGCGCCUGAAGAUCAACAGCCGGGAGCGCAAGCGGAUGCACGACCUCAACAUCGCCAUGGACGGGCUGCGGGAGGUCAUGCCCUACGCGCACGGCCCUUCGGUGCGCAAGCUCUCCAAGAUCGCCACCCUCCUGCUGGCGCGCAACUACAUCCUGAUGCUCACCAACUCGCUGGAGGAGAUGAAGCGCCUGCUCAGCGAGAUCUACGGCGGCCACCACGCCGCCGGCUUUCACCCCGCCGCCGCCGCCGCCGCCGCCGCCGCUUGCUCGGGGAGCCUGGUGGGCCACGCCGCGCCUCUGCCCGCUCACCCGGCUUCCCACGCCGUGCACCACCCCAUCUUGCCCCCUGCCGCCGUCUCCAGCGCUUCCCUGCCCGGCUCCGCGGGGCUUUCGGCCGUCAGCUCCAUCCGACCCUCGCACGGCUUGCUCAAGUCUCCGCCGAGCGCUGCGGCUGCAGCCGCCGCCGCCGCCGCUGCCGCCGCCGCCGCCGCCGCCGCGGCUCCGCUGAGCGGCGGCUUCCAGCACUGGGGCGGGAUGCCGUGUCCCUGCAGCAUGUGCCAGGUGCCGGCCCCGUCGCACCACCACGUCUCCGGGCUGAACGCGCCCAACCUGCCCAGAUUGACCGGCGACGCCAAAUAAAAGGCGGCGCGGCGGGAAGGAGGGAGGGGAGGGCAGGCAACCGGGAGCGGGGAUGACCCCUUGGGGAGAGGCAAUCGCCCGCCAGCCCAAGGUAGGUUUCCUCCAGGACUUUCCGAGAGAGCGAAUCCAAAGCCCCGGACGCUAAAGGCCCUCGGAGAAGGAGUCCGUCCAUCGCGGAACUGAGCUGCCGCCUUCGCUCCGCUGCCAGCCCCGGUUCGGGUGGAAACGCAGCAGGCGCGGCUGUUGGAAGUGAGAGUCGGGUUUCUCUUCUUUCUCUUUGUAAAGACAGGAAGGACGCAGACCUGGGUUAGACACUCGCCUUCAAAGAUAAGGACCCAAAUGCCCAUCCUUUCUUCCCACCUUGAAGUUUAUUGCUUUGUUUUUUUUUUCCUUUUCAAAAGUAGAGGGGGCGGAUUUGCAGGCCGUCUUAACUACUUGAUCUACAAUUUCGUGGAAGCUGGGAAACCUUUGGGACCGGAGUUCGCGGAGGGAAUCGCCUAGGACUAGGUUUCUCUCUGGAUGUCCCUGAGUGAGGGGUAUUUGUAACAAUUGUAAACGUAGCACUGGUUGGAGAUUCUUAUGUGGAAAUAUACCCCACUGAUUUCAGAGUAGUUGGCUCUCAGCCUAAACACAAUCUAGAUUUGUAGGGCUUUCGGGAACAAAAUGAUCCUGUGACCCUACUUAGAAGAAAGCGACUGGUCUUGGGCGCGAUCCAAUCGAAGUUGAGCAGUUUUAAGCGCUGCUGAUCUUCAAUCCCGACGUUAGAACGUUUAUUCCAAAGUGAGUUAGACGCUGGGUAGAUGGUCGCAGGCGUUGCCUAGAAGCUCUGGAUGGAUGGAGCCCAAGGCCUUUAGGGUCGCAGUGUUGUAUUGGGAGCAGCAAAGACGAGGAAACCAAAAUGAAACAAAGUCUUCUGGUGUUGCCCCCCGAGGGUGGCAUUCCUCGCUGCAUUCUCCGGGCAGGAGCAAAGGGGGUCCUUUAGAGCAGGGGUCUCCAACCUUGGCAACUUUAAGCCUGGAGGACUUCAACUCCCAGAAAAGCUGGCUGGGGAAUUCUGGGAGUUGAAGUCCUCCAGGCUUAAAGUUGCCAAGGUUAGAGACCUCUGCUUUAGUGUUUCCUGGGUGUGUGGGCCUAGGGAUCUUCCCCCCUCCCUUUUAGAAUCCACAACACUUCCUUUUCUUGCUCGAGCAUAAAGGCUAAAAGAAAAAAGGGGGGAGGGAGACAUUAAGAUUGGCUUGUGCUGCCAUAUUUAGAACCCAAUCCCCCCCCCCGCCCUUCAGGGCUUGUUUCUGAAUAAGGUCUCCCUCUCCCCUUCUUAGCUCUGUCACCUUCGAGAGAUUUUUUAAUCACCUGUUUAUUUUUAUAUAUAUCUAUAAAAUAAAGAAAUGGAAAAGGUCCUAAAUAAUAUUUAUUAUUUGGUUGCAAAAAAAACAAAAAGUGACCCACUGUUCACAUUUUUAAAAUAAUGAGAAUAAUUAAAAGAAAGAGAGAUAGAAG